CGGCAGGCGGCCGGCGCCACUGCGGCCUGCGCGGGGACCGGGCGGCGGCACCACCCGCCCCAGUUCUUCAGAUGAAACCAGAGACCCAGCAUAAAAGUGUAAUUGUUGUAAACUGACGGUUGGAUUUGAAAUGGAGAGCAUUACACAGUUGUUUGGUGAUUUGUGUGAAGCACACCUGGCAGGUUUGUCAUGGAAAGUCCACCUGGGCAGAAGGAGGAUUUGCAAGAGGAGGGCUAAGCAAAAUCUGAAAAGGGUUGCAUAUAAUGCCCUGUUCGUGAACCUUUUCCAAGAUGAGGCUCGUAAGCUGCAGUCAAAUGUUUCCAAGCUUCCAGUGAAAAACAAAAUUUUGAUGCUGUCAUUCAACUUGAGAGUGGGUGGUCUGAGUGCUCAAGCAGAUAGGUUGGAGAGUCUUGUGGAAGAACUGGAGACAGCUGAUUGCCUGCCGUUUACUGAAGUUAAUUCUAUCUUGGAUCUCUUAGUACAGCUUGCUGGAACAGGGCCUCCUCAGCCUGUAUCACAAAAAAAGGACUAUUUUCUAAACAACAAAUAUGUUGGGAGAAAUGUCAAAUAUCAGGGUUAUGAUUAUUAUGAUGUAAGCGUAUUUGAAGCUGAUGCACAAUCUCUAAUCACAAAUGAAGAGUGUCAGUUCAAUGACGUUAUUCAGAAGACACUUCAGAUAAUGGAGGCUGCACCUGGGACAGGACUCCCUGCCAUCGGGUUGUUCUCGCAAAGCUAUCCUGCUGGUGACAAGUUUGAGAAAGAAACACGGGUCUCACUCUUUGGUGCUCUGGUCCACAGCCGUACGUACGAUAUGGACAUCAAGUUGGAUUUACCACCAGUGCCUGACAAUGCAGAUUUGUCUGGACUUGCAAUUAAAGUUCCUCAAAGUAUAGACCAGUCAGAAGAUGAGGGAUUCCAGUCAGCAUCCAAUCUGACUCCUGAUUCCCAGUCAGAGCCCAGCAUAACGCCAGACAUAGACUUGUGGGAUGCGGUGCUUAAUUACGGACCCAGCAAACGAAGAUGUUGGGAAAGAAUUGGAUACCCACCAGGUAAAAAAGAGGAACCAUACCUUACUGAAGCUGGGAGAGAAGCUUUUGACAAAUUUUACAAACUUCGAGAAGGGGAAUUGCAGCUAUUUAGUAAUACUGUACUUCAGCUUCCACAACUUGUGCUAAUGAAAGAACCUGAACUUGUUAAAGAUGUCUUGAAUGUCCUCAUUGGUGUGGUAUCUACUACAUUUUCACUCAAUCAGGCUGCUCAGACAUUUGUGAUAAAGGAGGGGGUUUACGUAUCUGGAACCUCACCAGAGACAAUGCACAAUCUACUCUCAGAAGUGGCAGAAUAUGGAACGUACUACACACGGCUAAGUCGUUUCUCUCUUCAGCCAGUCCUGGAUUCUUCAUACAACAAAGGACUUGUAUUUCAGGCAUUCACAAGUGGGCUGAGAAAGUAUCUUCAAUAUUACCGAGCCUGUGUUUUGUCAACACCUCCUACUUUAAGUCUUCUAACAAUCAGUUUUCUCUUCAGAAAAUUAGGUCGUCAGUUGAGAUACUUAGCUGAACUUUGUGGCAUAGGAACAACAGCGCUGGGGAUCAGUGGUGGAGCUGAUGCUUCAUUUCCUACGGGUGUGAAAUUGCUUUCAUACCUGUACAAAGAGGCUCUCAACAACUGUAGCAACGAGCAUUAUCCAGUUCUUCUGUCUUUGUUAAAGACCAGCUGUGAGCCAUACACAAGAUUUAUCUAUGAUUGGGUAUACAGUGGUGUAUUCAGGGAUGUUUAUGGCGAAUUCAUGAUCCAGGUGAAUGAGGAUUAUCUUUCUUUCAGAGAUAAACAUUACUGGACUCAUGGCUAUGUUUUAAUUUCAAAAGAAGUAGAGGAUUGUGUCCCUAUAUUUCUUAAACAUAUUGCUAAUGAUGUGUAUAUAUGUGGGAAAACCAUAAACUUACUGAAAUUGUGUUGUCCUAGGCAUUAUAUUUGUUGGUCAGACAUACCUGUUCCGCGAAUUUCAGUUAUUUUUUCCCUUGAGGAGCUGAAAGAAAUAGAAAGAGAUUGUGCAGUGUAUGUAGGUCGAAUGGAAAGAAUUGCCCGAUACAGUUCAAUAAGCAAGGAAGAAAAGGAUUUGCGCAUGGAAAUAGCCAAACAAGAGUUAAUUGUUCACGCUCGAGAAACUGCUAGCAAAGUACUAAAAGCCAUUAAUGAUCGACAAAUAUCAGAGCGAAUGGCUUUGGAUGUGAAGAAACGAGAACAGUUUCAGAAGUUGAAAGAGCAGUUUGCAAGAGAUCAAGAGCGUCGCCUCGCAAUAAAACAAGAGGAGAUUGACGAUGAUUUCAGCUAUGCCCGAGAGCUCAGAGAGAGGGAAAAAAGACUGAAAGCUUUAGAAGAGGAACUGGAAAAAAAGGCAAGGCAAGAAUUAAUUGACCAUUAUAGCAAACUUUCUGAUGAUGCAGCCCGUAGGGAACAAAGAGCUUUAUGGAAAAUCCAGCGACACAAACUGGAAACAGCCCGUCUCAAUUUUCUAUUAGAAGAUCAAAAGCGAAUUGAGGAAAUGCUCGAGAAACUUCCAAAUGGAAACUAUAGGAGAAAAUUAGAUAUUAUUCCUUACAAGCAGUGCGCGUUGGCUUUAGAUACCAACAUUGUUGUGGAAGAUCCAUGUUCACAGGUGUCAUCUGUGAAACAUUUGCAUUCUAAUGAGAGACUUGGCGGGAAAGAAUCUGAGACCGGCCUAGAAUAUGUUGCUUCUACUGACAAAGCAUUGACCAUGCCACAUCCGACAAAAGAUAAGGCUGAUCAGCAUCUUCAGCCUGAAGCACCAGGAUCUGAAUACCAUUUGCAAAGUCCGGAGCAGGCAUGCAGCCCUCUAUACACUGCUAACUCCUUGCCUGAAUCUGAUGUGAAUAUAGAAGAUUUUUUAUUAAAACCCCAAGAUGAACAACCUGUUGCUGUUAGCAUAGAAGGAUCUUUGCUAGAUGAAGCAUUUCAAAACAUUAACUCUGAUCUUUCUGAGACUUCUCAAAUAAGUAAAAAUCAGCCUUUCUUGGGAGGAGCACUGGAAGGAGAAGACAAUACACCAUUGUAUCAGCAAAAUGAGUAUGAUUUUAGUACAGUUCUCAGACCGUCUGCUGUUUGGCAGGGACACAUUAGAGUUGGAGAAAAUGUAUUUGAUGUAGACUAUAAAAGGCCUCGGUGGGAUAUUCAGGGCCAUGCAUCUGACGCCAGCAUUAGAGUGGGAGAAUACAUGCCUCAUGUGGACACGUAUCAGCCACAUUCGCAUCCGUACGGGCAUUCUUUGGACUCCCACGUAAAAAUCAGCGGCUUUACUUCUGAUGUUCAGUCUUGCCGACCCCGAUGGAAUGUUCAUGGGCAUGUUUCUGAAGCUCAUAUUAAAAUUGGGGAGUAUGCUUCAGAGGUAGAGCCCUCAAGGCCCAGGUGGAAUAUUCAUGGACAUGCUUCAGAAGCCAAUAUUAAGAUUGGCGAGUAUGUGUCAAAUGUAGCGCCUACAAGGCCUCGGUGGAACAUCCAUGGUCAUGCAUCUGAUGCCAAUAUUAAGAUUGGUGAAAACAUGUCAGAGGUUGUCUCAGCUAGACCUCGCUGGAAUAUCCAUGGGCAUGCAUCACAGUCGCACAUUAGAAUUGGAGAGCUAGUUUCAGAUACAGAGCCUCUGAAAUCUCGUUGGAGCCCAUUUGGCCAUGCAUCCCAGUCAAGCAUCCAAAUAGGGAACUGGGCCCCAUCUACAGAAAAUGACCCAAUACCUCAUCGUAAAACCGUUUCUGGUCCCUCAUCCAGCUCCACAGUUCAAGUACUUCUUUACAAUGAAGAAUUACCUCCUGCUGAAGGAAGUAAAAAGGAAGUAAAAACAUCAAAAGGCAAGAAAAAAACUUCACCACAGUCACAGUCAUCUGACAGUGUUCCAGUCUUUCCUGACACUUGUGCUAAAGAAGACAAUAAAGUAGAUAUAACAGAAGAGAAACAAGAAGUAAUUGCAAAUAAUGUGGUCAACAAGGAUUCUUCCCCAGAUUCUUCGCAAAGCUUACAGGCAGAAGAACCUGAAAAAACAAUUCCACAAGAUAGUGUGCCUCAAGCAGCCUUGAUUUCUGAAGCUCAUUCUCCCAAGACUGCAGAAGAGGAAGAGGGACAGGAUACAUGGAAGAAAGAACAAGCUUAUUUGAAAGCCUUAUCAGACCAAUAUUGUACUGAAAAAUACCAAGAUCGUUACGAUCUAAUGUCAGAACUACCAGUGUCUCAUCUCUUGCAUCAUGUGAUACCAAGAUCAUACACUUUUCCUGUGGAUCCUAUGGUACAGUCGGCAACAGAUGAAACAGCUGUACAACUGAGUGAGCUCUUAUCUCUGCCAGUGCUAAUGAAACGCUCUAUUACUGCUCCACUUGUAUCACAUGUUUCGCUUGUGAACAAAGCAAUAGUUGAUUACUACUUUGUGGAACUGAAUGUAGAGAAGCAUUUUGAGGCACUGAGACACUUCUUGCUAAUGGAAGAUGGGGAGUUUGCUCAGUCGCUUAGUGACCUGCUGUUUGAGAAGGUACUUGGAUCAGGACAAACACCUGGUGAACUGCUGAAUCCACUGGUUCUUAAUUCUAUCCUAAAUAAAGCAUUGCAGUACAGUCUUCAUGGUGACACCAAGCUUGCUUCCAAUCUUUCUUUUGCACUCAAGUACCUUCCAGAAGUAUUCAAGCCCAAUGCACCUGAUGCUCUGAGCUGCUUAGAGCUAAGAUACAAGGUUGACUGGCCUCUGAAUAUUGUCAUUACUGAGAGCUGCAUGAAUAAGUACAACAAGAUCUUCUCUUUCUUGCUACAAUUGAAGCACAUGGUGUGGACUCUCAAGGAUGUUUGGUUUCAUUUAAAACGCACUGCUUUAGUGAGUCGUGCAUCAAAUUCUGUUCAGUUUCGACAGCUCCAGCUGUAUAAACAUGAAAUGCAGCAUUUUGUGAAAGUUAUUCAAGGUUACAUCGCUAAUCAGAUUCUUCAUGUUACAUGGUGUGAAUUUGGAAAUAAACUGUCUUCUGUGGGCAACCUAGAAGAAAUUCACAGAACGCAUGCUGAAUACCUUAACAAAGCAAUCUUCAGAGGUCUGUUGACUGAGAAGGCAGCUCCUGUGAUGAACAUUAUUCACAGCAUCUUCAGCCUCAUUUUGAAGUUCCGCAGCCAACUGAUCUCUCAAUCUUGGAGCUUUGAUGCAGGGAAGCAAAUGGCUGUUCAUCCCAACUUUGGUUUGAUGCAGCAGUCUUACAAUACCUUCAAGUAUUAUUCCCACUUCUUAUUCAAAGUGGUAACAAAACUUGUAAAUAGAGGAUACCAACCACAUUUGGAGGACUUUCUACUGCGAAUCAACUUUAAUAACUAUUACAAGGAUAACUGAGAUUAUUACAGAGGAUCAUUGAUAGCAUGGUAAAAGAGAAAUAGGUAACUUAUAUACUUAUGGUUUUUAGAAGCUUAUGCAAAUGUCAUGCAAGAGACAUUUUUCUUUGAUUAAAAUAAUCCAUCAUCUAGCAGCUUGAAGAAUAUAACCCCACAUGUACAAAAUGGUGCCCUUUAAAAUUCGUAACACCCAGCAGUUGUUCAGUCCACUGAGGAUUAAUAUUGUUAUUAUUACAAGGAUAGAAAAAAUGAGUGCCCAGUCUUCACAGGGAAGAGAGUGUAAAACUGUAUAUCUGUGAAUGUGUAAAUGUAUUAUUUUCAGUGUUGUGAAUUUCCUCUGAUGUAAAUACACAUAUGUGAAAUAAAUUAAAAGAUACUUUCUAAAACUUUCAAGAGAUAAGU